UUCAUACUCCUUUUUUGGGUGGGAGAUAAGAAGAGUUUUCUCUCUUUCGUCUCUCCAUCUUCUUUUUUUUCUCUCUCCUCUCACCGUGGAUGCUUUAGGAAAACAACCAUACUUUCCUUCUUCUUCUUAAACCCUCUUUCAAUUUUCCCCAAUUUUAUUACAUAGAAGAAGAAACACCUGCAAAUUAAGCAGUAGCAUCCGCAAUUCUAGAGAGAAAAAAUAAUAAAACUUUGUAGAUCGUUUUUGAAAUUUUAAUUUUUUGGGUUGAUUUUAGGGUAAUAGCAAGAAGAAUUUAUCUGGGUUGUUGUUUUUUUGUGUUUUUAAUCAAGGGUUUUUUUUUUGUAAUGGAAUCUACUCAAGUAUCAUCAAUUGGGUUGAAUGAUAAGGAAAAAGAAGCAUUGGUCAACAAUUACGCUUCUUUGGUGGACCCUUUUCUUGUUGAAGCUCUUCAAAACCCUCGUCAUCGUCUAACCAUUUUGCGUAUGGAACUCGAUAUUCAGAAGUUUUUGCAGACUCCUGAGCAGCUGCAGUUUGAGUUUCAACAUUUUCCUACCUCCUAUCUACGUCUUGCAGCGCACAGGGUUGCUCAACAUUAUGGGCUGCAGACCAUGGUAUUGGACAAUCUCACUGAUGGGGCUGGAGCAAAGAUUAUGGUUAUGAAAACAGCGGAGAGCAAGUACCCAUCUGUUUGCUUAUCAGAUAUACCUGCUAGACAGUCAGAAAAUAGCAAACAAGAGCUGGUCAAAAUUGCUAUCAGGCGUAGGCCUUGUAGGACAUCUUCUGGUGAUGGAACUGACAUGGGUCUUAAACGAAACUCUGUAAGGAGUGUAGAAGAGAGGAAGGAGGAGUAUGAUAAGGCAAGAGCGCGCAUCUUUAGCAGCCCAAACAGUCCUACGGCAGAUGAGACAAUGCCUCAGGUUUUAGUGGAAAACAGAGGUUUGUGUCCAAGCAAGGAGGAAAAUGGAGGAUGCUAUAAUUUCAUCAAUGAUCCGGAGAAGAAUAUCAUUGUCAGGGAUGUAGGAACUUCUUCUCGAGUUGCUGCUAUCUUCAAAGACAGAGAAAAAGACCGAUCUGAUCCAGACUAUGAUCGUAGUUAUGUAAGGUAUGUUAAAAGCUUUCCUACUGGCCAAAGGUUUUUGCCUCCUUUCAGCAUGCCCAAGUUUCAGCCUCCCUUUGUGCAGUAUGAUGCUUCUGCUUUUCCUCAGAUGGGUCAGAUCCCCAGAGCGCAAACUUCCCUCAACUAUGGCCCAUCAGACCCAAGCAUGAGUCCUUACGCAAUGGGAUUGAAUCAAGCUUCAAGAGAUGCUGUAUAUAUGCAGUGGCCUAGUCCUGCUAUGAUGUAUGCACACUCUUAUGAGCAAUUCAGGCAUUCUGUUUUCCAGGCUCCUUUCUGUCAGCAGCCUCUGAGCUUCGACUACUCUCAGAACCUUUGAUCCAGCAUUGUGUAUGGUGGGUGGUGUCUGGUUGAUCAACUGCCUGUUUCCAUUAGGUCAAUAUAAUUACUUACUAGUAGCCUCUGUGUUUAGGUGUCAUUUGUUGAAUUAUAUGUCCAAAACUUUUACUAGUCUGUGUGCUACCUAUAUUUUCUCAAAACAAUAGGAACUUUUCUAGUUUCUUUUCAGUUGAUACUGGCAACUUAGUCAUUUCUUAGUCUUCUCAUGUCAAAAAGUUUUUUUACAAUUCAACUUUGUAGAAUCAUUAAUAACUAUAAUUCGUUCUUUCUCUCUUA